CAACGCUUUGAAACUGCAGAGCAGACACAAUAAUUGAAUUUGCAAGCAAACAUCGUCUUCGUAAAUCUAAAUGUCAUAAAUAUUUCUCUUGAACGGAUAAAAUAUUUUUACGGUAACAUCAUUUAGAAAAAAAUAUUUUAAAAUGCAUUUAUUAAUAGCAUGUUUGAUAGCUGUCAUGGUCAUCAGCCUGCCAGCCCAUUGUAGAGGUAGGUCAGGUCGUAACGUUAAUGAAGACAGCGGUGAUUUUAGUUGCGGUAACGUUGGUUGUGAUGCAAGCAAUUUUGGAAACUUAAAUCGUCCCUGGAUAUGGGGGUCAACAGAAGAUGGAGAAAUUAUAUUGGAAUCACUUACAUUGGAGACAUUAGAUGAUGCCUUAAAUGUUAUACGAAAUUCUUUUUUUCCUGAUGAAAAUAUGAGUAAAGGUUGUGGUUUAUUAUCUGAACCUGGAGCAUCGGAAGAAGCUGAACAAUUGAUAUUAGCUAUUGUCAAAGAUGGCCUCAGUAUUGUUGCAAGAGACGUCAUUACAAACGAAGUCGUCGGCACGAUUUUCAACAAACUAUUUAAACGCCAAACUGGAAAUGAAAAAAGCGAGGUAGAAAUAUUUCGAGAUAAUUUCAAGCACAAAGCGUCAAAAUGCUUCAUAGAUGUGUAUGAAGAUGUUGGAUCAAGAGUGGAUCUUUUUAAACUUUAUAAUGCCGAUUGCACUAUGGAAAUGAUGUUUUUAGCAGUUAGACGGGAUUAUCGGCAAAGAGGAAUUGCUGGAUUAUUAGUAUCAUCGUCAUUAGAAUUGGGAAGACAAUUAUACAAAGGAAUACCAGUAAAAACAUCAGUUGAUAUUGACGGAAAAUCUAUUACCAAUGCCGAUGAUAUUCCUAGUAUUGCCUCAGUGACAAUGACAUCCCCGUAUUCACAAAAAUUGUUAGAUAAAUUUGGCUUUGAUAAAGUUAUUGAAGUCAGUUUUAAUGAAGUUAUGUUCAACGGUAGAUCACUAAGCGAACAGAUAGGAAAUACUAAUCAAACUGCGAUAAUUGGUGUAAAAAGUCUUUCUACAAAUUAGUUAAUACAUGGUAGUCUGUUGUUUCGGUUUAUAAAUUUAAUUUGCGAGUUAGGGGAGACCGGGCACGAUCAACCUCCUCAAAAAUUUGUUAAAAAAAUUUUUUUUUUCAUUUUCGGUCAAAUCAUGACACCUCUGAUAUUUUAAAGAUAUUUUUAGCUGAUCUGCGAUAUGUCAGGCGUAAUGGACUACCUGAAAAAAAAAUUGCUACUGAAAAGUUAUUUUUUUUUCUAUACUAAAAUGAAUUUGAAAAAUUUAUUGAUUAAAGCUCUUUUAGGUCAAUAGAUUAUAUUGUCGUUAAAAUAAAAAAAUAAAAAUUUCAAUAAAACUGAUUAUAUCAGCUAAAUAAAUUUUUUUUUUUAAUAAAUUUGAAGUCCAUGGGAUUAUAAAGGUCCGGAAACAGUAUAUUUGCGCUUAAAAAAUUUUUUUUUUCUGAGUUUUAGUAAAACCUCAAUGGAUUUGCUUAAAAAAAGACUUAAUCAGGUUGGCCUAUAGAUUAAAAGCCAUAAAACAUAAUUACCGGCUUAAGGGGGCUGUCGUGCUCCGGUCUCCUCUACUAUUUAUAAGACUUUUAGUCUAGGGGAUUUUAUUUAAUUUGAUAAAGCCUUGGAGUCGAUUCUUAGGGAACCGGCAAAAUAUGGAUGCCGCAGUGUUGGCUGUAUUCCUAAACUCUUGGAACUUCUAAAAGGAAAAUUAUAACUACAUUUCCAAAUAUAAUUUAAAUAAAUUAAUUAUUUUCCCUGAAAUUAUUUGAAGUGUCAUACAAUCAAAUAAAAAAAUUUUGUUUUACAAGAUUACUUUAUCUAUGUUUUG